UCCAGCCCACACUUCAAGUGAGUGCCUUUUGAUGAUCUCUCAGUUCUCCUCAAAGAAGAAACAGAGAUUAAUUCUCUGUACUUUUCAAUCAAAUCCAAAGAAACUCAGAGAUAAAUUCUUCAUAUUUGAUUAAAGAAAGAAAACCCAUCAAAUCAAUUGCAGAAUUGGAGAAUUACAGAGAAAGCUGCUUGCUUUCCCAGAGAGAGAAGUAACCAUGGGCCCUUGUGCUGUUGAUCUUCCGGUAGGUUUUUAUUUUCAUCCCAAAGAUUCUGACUUGUUGGGCUAUUAUCUUCACAACAAAGUUUUUGGAAAGCCAAUGAAGUAUGAGGUGCCAAAGAUCAAUCUUUAUGGCACGUCUGAACCCUGGAAAAUUUGGAAGGAUUUUGGUGGAGAUGGCUUAGAGAUUGGUGAAGACUUGUAUUUCUUCACCACGUUGAAGACCAAAGGCACCCGUGUGUCUCGGAAGGCUGGAAAUGGCUGCUGGCAUGGAGAGAACUCUGCCAAAGUCCUUGAUCCCAAGAAUGAGCAGAAGGUUAUGGGGUUCUCGAGGAGGUUUCAUUAUAAAAACCCUAAAUCUGAUCAGAAUGGUUGUUGGAUUAUGCAUGAAUACAGUCUUAAAGACUAUCCUUCCAUGCCCAAAUCCAAAAAUUCCAGUGUUAGUGAUGAUGAUGGCGAUCAGUUGGUGUUGUGCCGGAUUCGGAAGAACGACCAGAAGCUUCAUCAGAAUGAAAGGAAGCGAAAAUUUAAAUCUGCCGCAGACGAUCAUGGUAUUGAUGAUGCUCCAGUACAAUCCAAAAGCAAGAUUCAAAAGAUUAAUAUUGAUGACCAAGAUCCAAUUGGCCUCACUAGUCAUGAGCCAGAGUUCGUUACAAACCCAAUUGGUCUCACUCAGUCAAACCAUCAACCUGAGAUGAUUGAUGACAACCAAUUAUUGGGUGACGAUUUUGAUGAAGCCCUGAAUAUUGCUUUCUCAUAUUUGGACGGCCCUACUAUUAUUGAUAACAACACCACACCCCAAAUGCAAUCAUAUUCAAGCAUGCUACUGUCUGCAGAGAGGGAAGAAAUGGGGAAUACACUAUAUAAAGAUCAUGAGACUGAGUGUCAUACUUCUCAGAGUUUCGCUACUGUCUCCGAGUUUAUUGAAGUCACAGAUGACAUUGGAUUUGGGACAAGUGAAGAAACAAGCCAUGAAUAUCUUGACGUUGAUGAUCAAAUUGCCCAAAUCAAUAUGUCAGAGCCAGACUACUUGCAGCUUGACGAUCAUGUGUUUGAAAUGAGCCCGUUUGAUGAUGAUGAUCCCCAGUAAUCUUUCACAACACAGCCGUUUGGUUCAUAUCUAUACCCAUCCUUGCACCAACUACUCCUCUAACCAAGAGAGCUGUGCUACUGUUGGUGCUGAAGCAACUAAGGGCAACAAUAUUGACAUUGGCAUUGAUGUGUGCAAUUGGUCACACAAGUCCAUAUGAUCAAUUAAAUUACCAUUUUUCCUUUUGGUUUUGUUUUUCUGUUGUAUUGUUUGUGCAAC